GAAGACUUCACUUGAAAACCACACCAAAUUACAUCUAUGGAAAGCCCUAUAAAAUGAAGCGGUUGCCCCGUCACGCUAGCACAUCUUCUCAAUCCAUUGAAGGCACGGUCCACCUCAGAGUCGUAGAGAGAAGAUGGAUAGUCUUCAGCAUGACCAUGCCAAUACAUCAGAGGAAUGUAAGACGAUGAGGUUACGUGAUGAUGCAUCCGAAAAUGAGAACAUCAUCCUGAACCCGAACUUUGAUGAUGGCGUGAACAACUGGUCAGGGAGAGGCUGCAAGAUCGUCCUCCACGACUCCCUGGACGGUGGGAAGAUCCUUCCCAAGUUGGGCAAGCAUUUUGCAUCGGCGUCAGAACGUACCCAGACAUGGAAUGGGAUCCAACAGGAAAUAACCACAAGGGUUAAGAGGAAACUUGCAUACCAAGUUAGUUCUCUGGUUCGGGUGUAUGGCAGAAACAUAGGCAGCGCCAACGUUCGGAUCACGCUGUACAUCCAAAUGCCUGAUCUCAGGGAACAAUACAUCGGUAUUGCGAGUGUGCAGGCAACAGACAAGGACUGGGUGGAAUUGCAGGGGAAGUUCCUUCUAAACAGUUCCCCCUUGAAAGUGAUUGUUUACUUUGAAGGCCCGCCUGCAGGAAUCGACAUUCUCGUGAACUAUCUGGUCAUAAAGCAUGCCCAGAGAACGCCGCCUUCCCCUCCGCCUUCCAUCGAGAAUCCUGAGUACGGAGUAAAUAUAAUCGAGAACAGCGAACUAAGUGAUGGGACGACCAACGGGUGGUUCCCCCUCGGCAAUUGCACAUUAACCGUGCAAACUGGUUCACCACACAUUAUUCCCCCCAUGGCGAGGGGCUCUCUCGGUCCCCAUCACGUGCCCCUUAGCGGACGAUACAUUCUCGUGACCAACCGUUCCCAAACUUGGAUGGGCCCUGCUCAGAUGAUCACUGAGAAGCUUAAGCUCUUCCUGACCUACCAAGUGUCUGCUUGGGUUCGUGUCCGAGCUGCCAGCGGUGGGGUGCUGGGACUCCCGCAGAAUGUGAAUGUUGCACUUAGUGUAGACGGGCUGUGGGUGAACGGUGGACAAGUCGAAGCUAGCGAUGAUGAGAGGUGGCAUGAGAUUGGAGGCUCAUUUCGGCUCGAGAAGGAGCCGAAGAGCGUGAUGGUUUACAUUCAGGGUCCGGUUCCGGGUGUGGAUUUGAUGGUCGCAGGGCUUCAGAUCUUCCCAGUUGAUCGGUGUGAGAGGUUUAGGUACCUCCAAAUGCAGGCUGAUCAGAUUCACAAGCGUGAUGUUAUCCUGAAGCUCUCGGGUUUCGAUCCAAGCAGCUUCCUCGGGGCAGUUGUGAUUGUCAAGCAGACCGAGAACUCCUUCCCGCUAGGAUCCUGCAUCAACCGUACCAACUUGGACAAUGAGGACUUUGUUGAUUUCUACGUGAAGAACUUCAACUGGGCGGUCUUCGGGAACGAGCUCAAGUGGUACUGGACAGAGCCGCAGCAGGGGAACUUCAACUAUCGGGAUGCCGAUGAGAUGCUCGACUUCUGCAGGAACCACAAGAAGGAAGUCCGGGGCCACUGCGUCUUCUGGGAAGUCGAGAGCCUGGUUCAACCUUGGGUCCGUGCCCUGAACCGGAAUGAUUUGUCGAGAGCUGUCCAGAACCGACUGACAGGUCUCCUGAGUCGUUACAGUGGGAAGUUCAGGCACUACGAUGUGAACAACGAGAUGCUGCAUGGAUCGUUUUACCAGGACAGACUGGGCAAAGGCAUCCGAGCAUACAUGUUCAAGACCGCGCACCAGCUCGAUCCCUCUGCUAUCCUCUUUGUGAAUGACUAUCACGUCGAAGAUGGAGAUGACCCGAGAUCAUCGCCUGAGAAGUACGCCGAUCAAAUUGCCGGUCUCCAAGAUCAGGGAGCGCCAGUGGGAGGGAUAGGAAUUCAAGGCCAUAUAGAUAGUCCUGUGGGGCCCAUCGUCUGCUCGGCACUCGACAAACUGGGUGUUCUCGGUCUACCAAUCUGGUUCACCGAGCUGGACGUGUCGUCCAGUAACGAGUAUGUUCGGGCGGACGACUUGGAAGUGAUGCUGAGGGAGGCCUUCGCGCACCCUUCGGCGGAGGGAAUCAUGCUGUGGGGGUUCUGGGAGCUGUUCAUGAGCCGGGAGAACGCGCAUCUGGUGGACGCGGAGGGAGAGAUCAACGAGGCCGGCAGGCGGCUCCUCGAGCUGAAGCAGGAAUGGCUGUCCCAUGCUUAUGGAAUGGUUGAUAUGGAAGGGGAGUUCAAGUUCAGGGGAUUCCAUGGAACCUAUGAGGUGGAGAUUGUCACUCCCUGCAAGAAAGUCUGCAAGACGAUUGUUGUCGAAAAGGGUGAUCUUCCAUUAGUUUUGUCCAUUGAUCUGUAAACCCGAAAAAAAAAAACCACGUUACGGACAUCAAAUCCGUCUUAAAUUACAUAAACGGUCCCUGUCCUCGAGCGGGGUACCUUCUGUGUCUACGGAACAUUGUUUAGAUAUGUUUAAGGAAUAAUAAUCUACCUAAAGCACGAGCAGUCCAAUUUCCA